ACAAAAUACGUCAGUCAAUUCGGCAGCACGUCAUGGAACUGCAUGUCAUGCGUGUAAUUGUGAGCAGGUGAGCGUCUCCAGGUGACAACUCUAACAGUGGUAUCCAAUGAGAAGAUUGUAAAUCUGCCAAGGACAUCCAGUCCAUAGUCUGCAGCAUCCGUAACAUACUGUACAAACUCCUUGAUAGGAUAUCCUGCACCUUAAAGACGCAAGUUCCAUUAACAUAACAUGAGCACUUCAGAAACAAUGGACACCAAAGGACCUUGUCACGAGAGGGGGGCCAAGGAUAAGAAACCGUUCCCUUGUGAGACCUGUGAAAAGGUGUUUGCUUCAAAACGAAGUCUAGUUGCACAUAUAAGGGUACACACGGGUGAGAAACCAUUCGUUUGUGCCAUCUGUCGUGAAGGCUUUAAAACAUCACGAAGUCUUCAGUUACAUGAAAGGACUCACACUGGUGAGGAACCAUUCGUUUGCGUGACCUGUGGAAAAACCUUUACUACACAGGGUAAUCUAGGCCAUCAUAAAAGGAUACACAAGGAUAAGAAACCAUUCGCUUGUGAGACCUGUGAAAAGGCGUUUGCUUCAAAACAAAGUCUAGUUAUACAUAUAAGGGUACACACAGGUGAGAAACCAUUCGUUUGUGAGACCUGUGAUAAGGUGUUUGCUUCAAAACAAAGUCUAGUUAUACAUAUAAGGGUACACACGGGUGAGAAACCAUUCGUUUGUGCAAUCUGUUGUGAAGGCUUUAUAACAUCACGAAGUCUUCAAGUACAUGAAAGGAUUCACACUGGUGAGGAACCAUUCGUUUGUGUGACCUGUGGAAAAGCCUUUACUACACAAGGUAAUCUAGGCCAACAUGAAAGGAUCCACACUGGUGAAAAGCCAUUCGUUUGUGCAACCUGUGGUAAAGGGUUCAUUCGGCAAACUAAUCAACGCUUACAUGAAAAGAUACACUCUGGUGACCGUGAAAAACUGUUCGUUUGUGCAACCUGUGGUAAAGCAUUCGCUCGGCAAGGUGAUAAACGCGAACAUGAAAGGAUACAUACUGGUGAAAAACCAUUCGUUUGUGUAUUCUGUGGUAAAGCAUUCCCUCGGCAAAGUCAGCUACAUGAACAUGGAAGGAUACACACUGGUGAGAAGCCGUUUGUUUGUGGGACUUGUGGUAAGGCCUUUCAUCAGCGAAGUGUUCUGUGUCAACAUUACAUGGUUCACACAGGAGAGAAACCUUUCAUUUGUUUAACCUGUGGUAAAACAUUCACUCGGCAAAGUGAUAAACGCGCGCAUGAAAGGAUUCACACUGGUGAAAAACCGUUCGUUUGUGCUACCUGUGGUAAAGCAUUCCCUCGGAGAGAUGCUCUGCACGAACAUGAACGGAUACACACUGGUGAAAAAAUAUUCGUUUGUGCAACCUGUGGUAAAGCAUUCACUCGGAAAAGUUACCUUUGCGAACAUGGAAAGAUACACACUAAUGAGAAGCCUUUCGUUUGUGGGACUUGUGGUAAGGCCUUUCAUCAGCGAAGUAAUCUGCUCCAACAUAACAGGGUUCACACAGGAGAGAAACCUUUCGUUUGUUUAACGUGUGGUAAAGCCUUCAGCUGGCCAAAUUGUCUACGCUCUCAUGAAAUGAUACACACUGAUGAGAAACCGUUCGUUUGUGCCAUCUGUGACAAAGCAUUCAGCUGGCAAGGUGAUCUACGCAGACAUGAAAGGACACACUUGGGGGAGAGACUAUUCCUUUGUGCUACCUGUGGUAAAGCAUUCUCUUGGCAAAGUGAUCUACGCGAACAUGGAAAGAUACAUACUGUCUCCACUGACAACCCUGACAGCGGUAUCCAGUCUCAAUGUGAGGAUCUUGAAUCGGUCAAAGAAGAACUGGAGGAAACAUCCAGCCCAUAGUCUGCAGCAUUCCUUUAAAGACAUAUAGUUGCAGAAUUUCAUGCAAACUUCAGUUGACCAUCAAGGUCAACAUAACAUGAACACUUCAGGAUUUCAGAAGACCCCUUAACCCAACCCCCUCCAACCCCCGCUGGCUAUGCCUAUGCCUUGUUUUCGCCAGGAUGAGUAGUACUUGAGUAGAUGAAAAGCCAUGAGUAGAACAAGUAGCAUAAACUACUCGUGAGUAUUGGAGUAAUCAAGUUACUCGCCCGGUUCCCAUGCAGUGGAGAAACUAGGUCUAACUUUCUGAGUGUGUGCGAGGGUGCAAGAGGGGUAGUCGCACUUAAUUGUACCCCGUCAGUGUGGAAAUGCCUAAUUACAUGUACUUAAAAAUGUCAGCACACCAUUUUCGUUUUCCAGAACUGGUCCUCGCUGGUAAUGACUUGGACAUUUUCCAAGCCGAUGAAGGGUUGGUGAUCUUUGAUAUGUUCACGAACGGCUGUUUAAUUGGGGCUAGCCUCAGGCUUGAAUGUUCUUUGAACCCAGUGCCCAGCGAUCUGCUCGUCUCGCCCACAUAAUGUUUGUGGGCAAUCAGGACAGUAGAUAACACUGCAUUUGUUUUGUACGUACAUCUUAUCUUUGGGGUGAACCAAAAACGUUUGUUUUAGCUAUUUUGUUGCUUAAUUCAAACGAAAACAAAAUACACAAAGGCCGUCAAUGAUCUUAUGUACCUCGAAUGGAGGAGAUACAUGCAAUCGGUUUUUAUUUUGUGUUCACCAAAUAUGCCUUUUAUAUAUAUUACAUGUAUUCCUCACAGAAAAUAUUUUUAAGAAAAUAAGAAUCAUUCGUGGCAUGGCACACACGAAUAAUAUUCAUCUGUACAUGUCCAUGCACUAAUA